UUACUGCCUGUUGCCUGACAUUAGAGGUUUGUUCUUUUUCCACACUUCAGGACUGAACUCUGUGAAAAGUAUACACUGAAACGUUCUUUUUCUCGGAAGUGACGUUAGACUUGCUGUUCUUUUUCGAAGUGCAGUUGUCCUAGGUCUGAAAUAGUUCUGAAUUCGCUGCCCCAGGUCUUUAGACAGUGCAAGAGUUCAGCCAUAAAAUUCUAGCGGAAAUUUCAAAUGAAAAGUCUGCCGUACUACGCAUUUUGAUGAAGAAUAAGAAAGAAGAACGAGAAAUUAUGGGUAUAUGCAUAGAAACAAUAACACGAUUGCAGAAAAUCAAAAGGACAACAUUGGACAUAUUUCUAAGGAUGACAUCGGUAAUAUAAUUAUCAACAAAGAGGGAUGUGUCACAUGCACUUGUGGAGAUCUGAUAUUUCAACUGCCUUACAGUGAAAUUGAUUUUACAUACGAUACACUACAAUGUACGGUUGCAGACAAAACAAUAUUUAUAGAAUUGCAUGAAAAUGCAAGAAAUAUACCUUUGAAUAAUAAUAUAGCUCAAAAACCAUCUCAAGAAUAUAAUAGAAAAGAAAUAUUUUCAUGGAACGACGCAAGAACUAAGUUAUUUUUAACUUUAUAUAAAGAACACAAAGAACUAUUGGCAACUAGAAAAAUAAAGACACAUAAAUUAUUAUGGCAAAAAAUUGCUGAACUUAUGCAAUCACAUGGAUAUAACACAACAGUUUCUCAAGUGGAAAAUAAAUUUAAAUCACUUGAAAGAUCCUACAAAAACAUGAUUACAAAUAAUAAACAAACUGGUAGAGGACGCGUAUCAUGCACAUAUGAAACAGAAUUGACUGAACUAUUGGGACAUAAGCAUAAUAUUGAACCCUUAGCGGUAACAGGCAGGCAAGGUUUAAUUUUAAGAGAAGAAAUACGAGCGAAUACAUUCACAUCUAACAAUGACACUAAUGUAGAUGAGCCAUCUAAUUCAAACAACACCAUUUUAAACAAUACUAGUUAUCUUGCCAGCCAGCCCAGUACAAGCGAAACUAAUAUCCAUCCAAUCAAUACAACUGAUAUCAAUACAAGCAAUAGAACCGAUACCAAUAUAACCCAAAACAUUACACAACAGAUUACACAAACAUCAAACAAGAUUUCUAGAAAACAUAUGGGUACUACUGGCAGAUUGUUGCUAACGUGUCAGAAAACACUUCAAGAUAUCUCAAAUAAUAUCGAAGAAGAUAGAGCGGCUAAAUUAGACAUACAAAAACAAAUGUUGGCUGAGUAUAAACAUAUGCGCAAUACAUAUACAGAAAGUUUUAAUAAUAUAAAUGACAAUUAAACACAGCAAAUAUAAUAAGGGAAAAGAACAAUUAAAAACAGCAAAUAUAAUAAGGGAAAA